CCACUUUUACUGUUGAUGGUCUGGUCUGGGAUCUCCACACAUAGCGAGAGAGAGAGAGAGAGUGCAUUUAUUUUGUGGGAAGGAAGAUGAAGAAGAAGGGAGUGGUAAUAGCCGAACAUGAUGGACAUAGUAAAGAAGAAGAAGAAGAGAGACACAGAGGCUUUCCAAGGCCAACCGUCAAAUUCUCUAAUCGAAAUGGUUCCUCCAAAUACGAUUUCGUCAAGGUAAAAGUUUGGUUAGGCGACAAUGCCGAUCACUAUUACGUCCUCUCCAGAUUUCUCCUAUGUAGAACCUUGACUGUCACCAAGAUUCCUAAUCAUGUGGCCAUUAAUAUUGCUCUUGAACUCAAAAAGCUGCUCGUAGACAAUAGCCUUCUUGAUGUCUCUCAAUCUGACCUAGAAGCAAAUUUGUUUAAGCUCAUGGAGCGGCGGGGUUAUGGAGAAGAGUAUAUAAAUUGUUAUAAGAUGAUGACAAGAUUUCACCAUCGAAGAGUACCAUUGGUCAUUCUUGUAUGUGGUACUGCAUGUGCUGGGAAGUCUACAAUUGCUACCCAACUUGCGCAAAGACUAAACUUGCCAAAUGUCUUGCAGACAUAUAUGGUGUAUGAACUGCUACGCUCAGCAACAGAUGCCCCAUUGGCAUCUUCCCCUGUUUGGGCACGAGACUUCAGCUCCUCCGAGGAACUAAUUACCGAAUUUUGUAGAGAAUGCAGAAUAGUUCGAAAAGGUUUGGCUGGUGAUCUAAAGAAAGCAAUGAAAGAUGGAAAACCAAUUAUUAUUGAGGGAAUACAUUUGGAUCCAAGUAUAUACCUCAUGGAGGAUGAGAAUAAAUCACAAACUCACAUGCCAGCAGAAGUUGAGGAACCAAAUUCUUUGACAUCAGACGAUAAAAAUGCUAUACAAAUGGAAAGUAAUUCUUCGAAUUUUUGUGGCAGUCAUAGUGAGAAUAGUAACUGCUCGUCUCAGAAUGCACAGUCAACAGAGGGGGUUUCUGCUGACCAGUUGAAUAAGGUGUCAAAUUGUCUGGAAUCAAUUAACAUUGCUGCAAGUGUUUCUAAUGAUACAGGUGAAACAAUUAAAGACCCCAAGAAAGACGAAAAUCCCCCCGUUGGAAAAGAAAAGUCUGGUCCUGAACCAAUAAUCAUACCUAUAGUUCUGAAGAUGGCUGAUUUUGACCAUAAGGCUUUACUAGAGGAGUGGAUAUCUGCUCGAAGAUCCAGUGACAAAUAUCAAAUUCAGGUGAUGAUUCAAUUGGCAUAGCUCAAGUAAAGAGAGAUUUGAAUCAAGCAUUUGAUAUUAAGAAUAUGGGUCCUCACAAAUACUUUCUAGAUAUUGAGGUUGCUCGCUCUCAUUAAGGGAUUUCAUUGCCCAAAGGAAGUAUGUCAUUGAUCUUCUUCAAGCCACUGGUAUGCUAGGGUGUAAGCCAAUUUCUACUCCUAUGGAUCCUAACCUCAAGCUUAGAUUAGAGUCUGGUGAUUAUUGAAGGAUCUGGGCAUGUAUCAGCACCUUGUUGGCCGUCUCAUAUACUUGAUUAAAACUAGACCUCACUUGACUUUUGCGGUUAGUGUUGUGAGUCAAUUUAUGCAUGCAUCUUGUAAAGAGCACCUUGAUGUUGUUCAUCAUAUUUUGCAGUAUUUGAAGACUUCUCCUAGUUUGGGAUUAUUUUUCCUAUCUUGUCAUCAAUCAGGGAUCUCUUAUUGUACUGAUGUAGGAUCUAGAACUGGUAGAUGGUCCACGUCUGGUUUCUGUACUUUUUAUGGUGUUCAUUUUAUAUCAUGGAAAAGUAAGAAACAUGCCGUUGUUUCUAGAUCUUUUGUUAAAGCUGAGUAUCGAGCAAUGGCAAAGGAUACAUGCGAAGUUUUGUGGCUUUGCUCAAUUCUUGCAGAGUUAAGAUUUGCUGAGGAUGCUUCCUGUCAAAGAUAACCAGGCUGGAUCUGUGUGUGAGCUGGCCAAGCUGUGAAUAUUUGAAUUUGUAUUUAGAUUAGUCAUAUCCCUGAUUUAUAGGGAUUGUAGGGAUUGUAUUCUAGGAAUCUCAUUCCUGAUUUGUAGGGAUUAGCUAGCUAUAAUUUGUAUAUAUAGUCUUUCCAUGUAGAUUUCUAAGCAAUGAAUAUUAUUCCCAUCGUUUAUCAUGGUACCAGAGCCUCUUGUGCUCUCUGGGAACUAAAACUUUUUGUGGCCUGCAUUGCCAUACUUCGUUGUUCCUUCAACCUUUCGUUCUUCGACCUUCAUUGCCAAUUGUAGAACCUCUGUCUAGAAAUUCUUCUUUUUCAUUCCAUUUUUUUUCUUCAAUAUCAUCAUGUCUGAAGUAACUCAAACUUCGAACCCAUUUGAAAUAGGGACAAUCGAGACUCUUAGCAUGGUUUCAACAGGAGACUUGCAGAAUAUUCAACCAAGUUACCAAUUGAAUGGAAAAAACUACCUUAAGUGGUCUCAAUUUGUUCAAACCUUUCUUAAAGGGAAGGGCAAAUUGAGUAAUCUUCUCGGAACAGGACCAAAACCUUGAGAUCCGUAGUUUGAUGCCUGAGAUGAAGCUGAUUCCAUGGUAAUGUCGUGGCUAUGGAACUCGAUGAUACCUGAAGUGAGUGAUACGUGCAUGUUUUUGGAAACAACAAAGGACAUCUGGGACACAUCUAAACAGACUUAUUCGAAGGUUCAUGAUGCUGCACAAGUCUAUGAUAUCAAGACCAGAAUUUCAGUCACUAAACAGGGUAACCGUUCUAUUACUGAAUACUCUAAUAUCUUGCAAAGCUUAUGGCAACAGUUGGAUCAUUAUCAAUGUAUUGAGAUGAAGUGCAGUGAAGACUACCAUUCUUAAGAGGUUUAUGGAGAAGGAAAGAAUUUACAUUUUCCUUGCUGGAUUGAAUGCUGAGUUUGACGCUGUCAGAAUUCAAGUUCUUGGAAAAGAAGACUUUCCAUCAUUGAAUGAGACUAUUGGAAUAAUCCGAGGAGAAGAAAGUCACAGAGGAGUUAUGUUGGAGCCUCAAUCUGUGGAAGGUUCUGCCAUGGCUGUUAGGGGUGCUAAUGCAAGGAAUAGGGGAGCAAGUCAUCCACCGAGCUCUUACUCUAAUGAAUUGACAAUUGAAAAUGGAAACAAGGAUUCGAUUGUGUGUACUUUCUACAAAAAGCCAAGACACACCAGAGAAAAAUGCUGGAAACUUCAUGGCAAGCCUACAAAUUUUCAAAAUCCUCAAACAACCAACAGAAAUUGGACAGUAAAGAGUGGACGAGCACAAGGACAAGGACAAACACAUGUGACUAUGGUACAACCAAGAGGCGAAAUAGAUUCUGUCCACAAUCGAGUAGAGUUCAACAUGGACGAGAUUGAAAAACUAAAAAAUUUAUUGGGCACUCCAGAAAAACCUACGGGCUCAGGUACUUGCUCCUUAGUUUAUCCAGGUAAUGCCUCUCAAUCCUUUACUCUCAAUGUCUCGAAUAUGCCCAUAACAGAUUCAUGGGUAGUUGAUUCUGGGGCCACAGAUCAUAUGACUAAGUCUUCUCAUGAAUUUGUCUCUUACAAUCCUUGUCCUAGUAAUAAAAAGAUAUCUACUGUAGAUGGUACUUUGAUUACUGUUGCUGGUCAGGGAGAUAUUGUUACCCAUUCGAAAAUUGUUUUAAAGAAUGUUUUACAUGUGCCGAAAUUAUCCGUAAACCUUGUCUCAAUUCAUAAACUUGCAAAGGAUUUGAAUUGUACCAUGACCUUCUCUUCUGCACAUUGUGAAUUUCAGGACUGGGGCACGGGGAAGAUGAUUGGACUUGUUACAGAGAAACAUGGACUCUACUAUCUUGAAGAAUUCAAUGGGCAAAUAGCACUACGAAUAAUUUUCCUGUCUCAUUUCUUUAUGAGUCAUCUCUUUCAAAUAAAAACAAAAUCUGGUUGUAUCAUCUUUGUUUUGGUCAUCCCUCUUUCAGUGUUCUUAAAAUUAUGUUUCCACAUUUGUUUAACGGGAUUGAUAUGGGUAUAUUUCAUUGUGAUGUUUGUGAGCUUGCAAAACACAAGUGUACUUCUUUUCCAAUAAAUAAUGGAAGGUUGUCCAUUCCGUUUGCUCUUAUCUAUAGUGAUGUCUGGAGACCUUCUACAAGGAAAAUUGGUCAUCUUCUAGCAAUUACUCGUGCCUUUCUAUUCCAAACUAGUGUUCCAAAACAUUACUGGGGGGAAGUUGUUUUAACUGCUGCUCAUCUUAUAAAUAGAUUACCCUCUCGAGUCUUUGAUCAGAAAACUCCUAUGCAACUUUUUUUCAACAUUCUUCCCAGAUUUUCAAACCACAAACAACCUGCCUCCUAAAGUUUUUGUUUGUGUGCUCUUUGUUCAUAUUCAUUCUCAUCAAAGGGGUAAACUUGAUCCUAGAGCUCUUUAGUGUCUUUGUUGGGUAUUCUUCUACCCAAAAAGGAUAUAAAUGUUACCAUCUUCCCACAAAAAGGUUUUUUUUUUUUUUUUUUUCCCCUCCGCUGAUGUUACAUUUGCUGAACGUGAAAUCUAUUUUUCUAAACCUUAUCUUCGGGGGGAGACAUCAUUCAUAGAAGAUAAGGAUAGAGAUUUGUUCUUACUUGAUCUUUCAUUCUCCCCAUCCCCAUCUGUGUCAAAUGAGUCUUCUAAUCAAACAGAUCCAGCCACUCCAAGUCCUAUAGCAAAGGAUAAAAGAAAUAAAACCUGGGAAUUGGUUGAUGGAUACCCUUAAAAGAAAUAAAACUUGGGAAUUGGUUGAGUUACCUAAGGAAAAACAAACAGUGGGAUGUUGAUGGGUCUUUACUGUAAAGUAUAAGGCAGACGGAUCACUUGAAAGGUAUAAGGCUCGGUUGGUGGCUAAAAGGUAUGCCCAAACCUAUGGAAUAGACUAUCUUGAAACCUUUGCCCCGGUUGUCAAAAUGAACACUCUGAGAAUCUUGUUAUCUCUAGCUGCCAAUCGUGAGUGGAGUAUGCAGCAAUAUGAUGUCAAGAAUGCCUUCUUACAUGGCGAUCUUUAUGAGGAAAUCUACAUGAAAGUCCCUCCAGGUUUUGAGUCAAAAGGUAAUAAGGUGUGUAAAUUGAAGAGGGCCCUCAAUGGGUUAAAACAAUCCCCUAGAGCUUGGUUUGGUAGAUUUACCGGAGUUAUGAUAGCUUUGGGAUAUAAGCAAAGUCAAGGUGAUCACACACUAUUUGUUAAACUUUCGGCUACAGGGGGAAUCACUGCUUUGUUGGUUUAUGUAGAUGAUAUUAUCGUAGCAGGGGAUGACUUGGAAGGAAGAGAAGCUUUGAAAAGAUGCCUAGUUCAAGAGUUUGAAAUAAAAGAACUUGGCAGAUUGAAAUACUUUCUUGGCAUUGAAGUUGCUCACUCUCAACAUGAGAUUUUUAUAUCCCAACAAAGGUAUGUACUGGAUUUGUUUGCUGAGACAGGGAAGCUUGGGUGUAAACCAAUGGAAACUCCUAGCGAACAAAAUCACAAGCUUUGUGAAGUUGUUGAAGGUGCAGUGGUAAAUAGAGAGUCCUAUCAAAGAUUGGUUGGUAGAUUGAUUUACUUCUCACACACUAGACCUGACAUAGCUUAUGUAACGGGAGUGGUAAGUCAAUUCAUGCAUAAUCCCAAAGAGAUCAGUCUCUAAGUAGUACACCGGAUUUUAUAGUAUCUCAAGGGAACUUUAGGAAGAGGGAAAUUGUUCAAGAAAGGAGGAAAGUUAACACUAGAAGCCUAUAUAGAUGCAGACGAUGCAGGAUCUAUUGAUGAUAGAAGAUCAACAUCGAACUAUUAUACUUUCCUUGGAGGAAACCUUAUAACAUGGAGAAGCAAGAAGCAGAAUGUGGUUGCUAGAUCAAGUGUGGAAGCUGAAUUCAAGGCAAUGGCAUUAGGAGUUUGUGAACUUCUGUGGCUGAAAAUAAUUUUAGAAGAUCUGAAAGUUGCGUGGAAAUGACCUAUGAAGCUUUAUUGUGAUAACAAGUCAGCAAUCAACAUUGCACAUAAUCCUGUGCAACAUGAUCGAACCAAACACAUUGAAGUUGACAGGCACUUCAUAAAAGAAAAGUUGGACAGUGGAAUAAUUUGCACACCGUUUGUACCUUCAGGCGGUCAAGUGGUUGAUGUGCCAACCAGUGUUUUUAAAGGCGAAAGCGCAAGGCUUGUUGAGGUGAGGCGUAAGCCUCGAGGCGUUGAGGUGUAAGCCUUUUGAAUUUUGAUUUUUUUAAUUUUUAUAAAAUACAAAAUUAAUUAAAUAUAGCAUAAAAAGAGUAAAAAAAA